AUGUCCAAAUCUGUUAUUGAAUCCACUGCUGGAUCUACUCCUAGUUCUACUACUGGAUCUAAUCCUAGUUCUAAUCCUAGUUCUACUCCUGGUUCUACUUCAAUUCCUCAUCCAUUUCGAUUUUCUUCUUCGAAACUGUCCAUUUACGACUCUCCUGAACUGCAGUGUCCUACCAAACCUACUACCACUCCUCAUGAUUCGAGUCCUUACCGUACAUUCUCUACCAUCCGCACUCUCGCUACUUUCCAGGACAAACCAAAUGAUCUUGAACUGCUGAUUCGUGAUGCUCGUUUGGAAACUACAAAGGCUUUUGCUUCAACUCGGGUUCAGGCACAGGGCAUAGUCAACCACUGGCUAGCAUUGGAAAAAAGUGCACAAGAUGUGGUCGGGACGUAUCAUGAGCCUACAGAGGAUUAUAUUCCUGGAUUGAUCUAUGUCACCAUUGCUGGAUUUGCUGGAUCUAUUCUUGCUAAAAACAGCAAUAUUCUCGUGGGUCUGCUGGCUCCAGUUGCUGGCUCAAUGGGUGCAUUUGCUUACUACUUUCCAACCACUCUACAAAACAUUGCCAUGCAACGCCAUGCAAGCACUGCUACUCCAUUCAAGAUUGGCAAUCUGUCAGUUUCAGAGUAUACAUGCUCAGUGCUCGACAAGGCUGCGUCGACCCUGGGUAUCACUCUCCCUUGGACAACCUCUGAGAAGAAAUAGUUUGACAAUAAAGUUGAUCAUUCACAGU